AUACAACACCAGCAGUCAAAAAUUAAUUCAGCAAAAUAGACAAAUCUACAUAUAUAUCCGAACCGACAAAAUGUGUACUACCGUAAUCUCUAUUAUUACGUGCAGCAAUUGCAGAAGACAGCUCAGCUCGGUAUAUGAGCUAACCUUGCAAUAUGGGUGGAUACUGGUUGUUCAUUCUGUACCUAGAGAAGGAGGAGGAGAAGAAGAAGAAGAAAAAGAAGAACAAAAACUGAGGUAGUCACGACAUAAGAAUUGACCUUCUCAGGGUAAUGUUGCGUGAGGCAUGUGCAUUUCAACGUAUGCGGACUAUCUAGGUGGCAAUUAGCACAGAGAAUUCCUAGGUAAUAAAAUGGAUAUUUG